UUCUUUCCAACAAGACGGUCACGGUGUCUUUUAAAGAAAGAUCGCAAUAAAAGGAGAGUGGAGUAGAUCGUAGUUAACAGUCUAAGUCUAACUGUCUAAGUGAAGAAAAUAAAGAAGACCUCCUCGGAUAUUUUUUUUUAAAUCAAGUUACCAACAAAAAUCAGUGACCAACACAGUUAAAAAUAACAAUGUAUUUUCAAUCCCUAAUAACGCUUGUAUUACAAAUAUCUCGACAAAUAUACGGGUUUUUCAAUGUUAUUCUCGUUCUUAUAUUUCUUCAGCUUAUUUAUGAGCGAAACAAGAGUACAUGUGACUGAAGGAACAUUGAAAGGUGUCGUCGUAGAUGGAUACAAUGUCCGUUAUCUCGCUUUUCGCGGAAUACCAUAUGCCAAACCGCCGGUUGGCGAACUCAGAUUUAAGGAUCCGGAACCAGCAAAAUCGUGGUCCGGUGAGAGAGAUGCUUCAAAAUACGGAAACGUGUGUGUUCAAGUAGAUUUAGACACACACAAAAUUGUGGGAGAUGAAGAUUGUCUCUAUUUAAAUGUAUACACCACGAAAAUCAACCUCUUGAAAAAACGUCCGGUAAUGGUAUGGAUCCAUGGUGGUGGCUAUUUUGUAGGUUCCGGUAAUCCAUACUGGUAUGGUCCCGAUCAUAUCGUACAAAAAGACGUAGUAUUGGUUACUCUGAAUUAUAGAUUAAGUGUUCUAGGUUUUCUAAACCUCAACGAUAAAGUGGCAACAGGUAAUCAAGGUUUGAAGGAUACGGUCUUGGCGUUAAAAUGGGUUAAAAAAAAUAUAUUAAAGUUCGGUGGAGAUCCAGAUAAUGUCACUAUCUUCGGCGAAAGUGCUGGUGCAGGCACGGUACAUCAUCUAGCUCUGUCUCCGUUUGCUAAAGGUUUAUUCCACAAAGUGAUCGCACAAAGUGGCGUCGUCGCAAAUCCUUGGGCCUUCGUUGAAAAGCCGUCCGCAGGUUUUCGGAUGGCCGAAAAACUCGGAAAUGCAACAUCAGAUCCGAAAAUCGCAUACGAGUUUCUAAAAACGAUCGAUGCGAAAACACUUACGGAAACUUCACAAGUGUCACUUCCCACAGAAGAAGAAAGACUGAGUUUCGAACCACUCUUCACACCCAGUCUGGACACCAAGAUUUCAUCGAAACCAUUUUUUGCUGAACAUCCAAAGGAAUAUUUGAAACGCGGGGUUCAAAUACCCUUCCUUUUAGGAUUUAAUCGUAACGAAGGAAUAUUUUUUAUACGUAGCAGCUUUUUCGGAGGUUAUAUGAGCAAGGAAGCUAUAGAACAAGUAAAUGAUGAUUUUAAAAAAGGAAUAGUAUCAAGUAUAUUAAAGACAUUACCUGAAAUAGGAAUCACUGUAGAGGAAUUGAGACAUUUAUAUUUUGGAAAUGAAGAAAUAUCAGAAGAAACUUUGAAUAAUUAUGCGUACUUCAUAGGAGACGAAUUUUUCGUUCGUGGCAUAAUGAAAGUAGCUGAACAGCAGAAGUCUUCUGGCGGUUCGACGUACCUAUAUAAAUUCGAUUAUGAGAGCGAAACUUCUGUUAUGAGAAAGGUGCUGAAUAUCGGUCUUCCAGGAGUAUGCCACACGGAGGAUUUAUCUUAUCUAUUUCGCCCAGAAAUGGCGAAAAUAAUGAAUUGGACGCUACCCGAAGUUGGUACAGAUGAUUACAAAGUAGUAAAUCAUUUUACGCAAAUGUGGACGGAUUUUGCUAAAACAGGAAAUCCAACGCCUACUACAAAUUUAUGGUUACCAUUAACCAAUCCGACACAAAACGAAGAUUACAAUUACCUAAAUCUUGAUCUAAAUCCACAAAUGAAAACCUUUCGUCCCGGAAAGGAACGUUGGAAUUGGGAAAGUCGUAAAUAAAUGUUUCAAAACGCGUUGUAUCUGCUGAAAUCUUAUCUGUUAAAAUUUUUAAUUUUUGAAGUAUCUUUUGUUCUAUAUUUUAAAAAAUUAAUAUAUAUGUACAUAUAUAAUAUAAAACUAAUAAUCAAUAUACAUAAAUAUUCUUUAUCAUGCAACUUUUAAAAAUGUUUCUUAACUUAAAACUGAUGUUUCUCCGUAGAUGUAAUAAAAUAAAGAAAAUUACUAUACUUAUACUUCAUGUUUUAAUAUUUCAGCAUUUGCAAACUGUGCUAAAGUUAUUUCCUUCAUAAAUAUUAAUGUGAAUAUUUAUUAUCAAAGAUGUCGAAAUAUUGUAAAUAGUUUUCGAGCUAUAAAUCUGUCGAGAACGAAAGACAUUUCCCGAAUUAAAUUUGAAAAAAAUAAUUAAAUUCUGAAUUAUAAUUAAUAAUUUAA